ACCACUUCAAUUCAUCAAAAUCCAGAGCUCUUUCUCUCUCUAACUCUACACUACGAAGCUUCGUGGAAGCUCACUAUGGCUUCCCACUCCCUCCCUCCAUUUAACCCUCCUCCUUCAUACUCCUUCUCUCAGCCAUCACGCCUCAACUUUCUCGAUCUAUUCAUCUCUAUUAUCGCAUCAUCUCUACGCACUAGCGCUUUUGAACCAUCACCAACACCGAUUACUCCGCCAUGAAGCUCGCCAAAAUCCACAAGCUCUUCAAGACCAAGAAAUCCCCUUCCGUCUCCAGAUCCGACACCGAUCCUCCCUCGUUCAGCUCUCAGGCAACAUCGUCUUCCUCCUCCUCGUCGGAGGACGUAUUUAAGAACCCAAUCGGCUCCACCACGCCCAACAGCGUGCUCCCCUCCACCUCCUCCGGUGAGUGGCCGGAUAUCCCAUCCGACCUUCACCUGGAGCUGAAACAGGCCUUCGAGAUGAUCGAUCGCAACGGCGACGGAAAAAUCGAGAAGGAGGAGCUCGGGCGGCUCCUGCGCCGGAUCGGAGCCGAGCCGCCGAGCCAGGAGGAGCUGAAGCUCAUGCUGAACGAGGUGGACAGCGACGGCGACGGUUGCAUCAGCCUCGAGGAAUUCUACGCUAUCAGCUCGGCGUUCGCGCCGCCCGCGUGUGACGGAGAGAUGAGAGAAACGUUCGACUUCUUCGAUUCGGAUCGCGACGGGAGGAUUACGGCGGAGGAGCUUCUGGAGGUUUUUAAGACGAUCGGCGACGCAGGGUGCACGUUAGAGGAGUGCCGGCGUAUGAUAAGAGAGGUUGAUAGAAACGGGGAUGGGUUCGUGUGCUUCGAGGACUUUACUAGAAUGAUGGACGUGCAGCAAAUAUGAUUAUUGAAAUUUUCAUUUAUAAAUAUAUAAUCCUUUUUUUCAUUUUACCACUUCUUUCCGGGAAACAAAAGAAAAUAAAUUCGUAUAUGAAUUUGCUGCUA